AGAACUGAAUGUCUGCGUAUCUUGACUUUGACAUUGAACUGCCCAUAUUAAGUAGGAGAAUGGGUGGGUAACAAAUGGCAGAACUUGGGGAAAUAUUUCUUUCUUCCUUUUAAAAUAAGGCAGAUGGUUUUUUGAACACAAUUUGCCACAGCUCAUAAAAGCAUAAGAGUUCUGGUUUUUUGAAAGAGAAAAUAAUAAGUUGAUUUUUUUUUUAACGGUAAAAGUAUUGUUUCUCCCAGGGGCUUAAAGAAAAAAAAAAGCAUUGAGAAAUGGGAGUGAACUGCAAGAUAGGGUUUGUGUAACAAGUACCUAAAACCACAGAAGUCACAUGGGCUCUUUCUGCUUUGCUACUUUUGAUUACUUGUCAGAGGGUUAGAGUUUUAGCUUCCCCCAUCCUGCAAGGCCACUCAACCAUGUGCUAGCUGGAGUAAUCUUUAUUCACAAUGUCUUUACAAAGGCUCCUGCAACAGAACAGCAAUGGCAAUCUGGUGGACUACUGUGCUGGUCCAUCUUAUAACUCUGACUCCACACUCACAGGCAGCUUCCGAAUGGAUGAUAAUAGAAGGAUUCAAAUGCUGGCAGACACAGUGGCCACUUUGCCUCGGGGAAGAAAGCAGCCUGCUUUGACGAGAUCAAGUUCUUUAGGUGACUUCUCCUGGUCUCAAAGAAAGCUUGUUACCGUGGAAAAGCAAGAUAAUGGAACUUUUGGAUUUGAAAUCCAGACUUACAGGCUCCAGAACCAGAACAUGUGCUCUUCUGAGAUGUGCACUCUGAUUUGCAAAAUACAGGAGGAUAGCCCAGCCCACUACGCUGGCCUGCAAACUGGUGAUGUCCUUGCAAAUAUCAAUGGUGUGAGCACGGAAGGCUUUACCCACAAACAAGUCGUUGACCUGAUCAGAUCUUCAGGAAACGUGUUAACGAUAGAGACUCUUAAUGGAACAAUGAUUCUCAAAAGAACAGAGCUGGAAGCAAAGCUACAAGUUUUAAAGCAAACCUUGAAGAAAAAAUGGGUGGAGUUCAGAUCUCUGCAGUUACAGGAACAGCGUCUGCUUCAUGGUGACUCAGGUAACUGCUCGAGUUUGGAGAACAUGGACAUAGAUGAAUCAGUUUUGUUUGGAACCCUGCCUGGGCCCAGCGCUGCCCUCCUGGACCGGAAUCGAUUAUCCAGCGAGAGUAGCUGUCUGAGCUCCAUGACGAUGGACAGCGAAGAUGGCUACCAGACUUGUGUGUCUGAGGACUCAAGCAGGGGAGCCUUCAGUCGACAGACGAGCACAGAUGAUGAGUGCUUUGUCCCCAGGGAUGGGGACGACUUUCUGAAGAGGUCUUCUUCGAGGAGGAACCGAAGCAUUAGUACUGCCAGUAGUGGGUCCAUGUCUCCCUUGUGGGAGGGCAACUUGUCAAACAUAUUUGGGACCCUGCCCCGGAAAAGCAGAAGGGGAAGUGUCCGGAAACAACUCUUAAAAUUCAUCCCCGGCCUUCACCGUGCAGUGGAAGAGGAAGAGAGUCGCUUCUGAUGGGCUGUCUUGCCCUUUUGUAUUAGCUUAUUUCGUAAAUAUCUCUAGACUUGUUUAGAACAACUCCACCCGGCCUGGUGGGAAACUGUGGAGGGAUUGCAAAACUGAAACCCCAUUUCAUGGCAAUAGUGACCUUUAUUUAAAUUUUUGUGUCAUGAUUUUUGCUUCUUAAGUCAUUUUGUAGCCAGGAAAGCUCUGUUUAUAACCAGAAGGUAGGGGAACUAAGUCAUAAGUUAGAUACUAUAACAAAUUAAUGCAUAUUCCUGCUCAUUUUAAUGCUGCCUGUGAAGGCAAGGGUUAUAUUUAUUUUCUGGAUUAUCUAUGUGAAAAACUGAGAACUUUUCAGAGUCAAGUGUAAAUAAAAGAGUGACAGAAUAUAAUUAUUUGGGAUACCUUCCGUAGGUUCAUUGGUAGGUCACGGAACCUUAUGUUUGCUUAAGAUCAGGAGCCUCCAGGGAGGCUUAAUAAUAGGCAAUUUUGAACGUUUUCUGCUUAAAUCUGUGAAGGAUUAUAAAUAAAGAUGAUAGUCAGCUAUGUUUCACAAACACAGCAACAAUAAAGCAGGAGGCAUAUAAGUUAAUAUUAGGGUUUAUAUCCAUGAGAUCCAUGGAAACAUGUUGUCUAAUAGGGGUGCUGAGGAAGAUUAUGAUACGGCCUUUUUUAUAGUCAGCCUAAACAAAAUAGGUGAGAAUGUCACUUACGCAAUUCAACUUUUGUUCUGCCUAAACUUUGAUGGCAAGUCUAGAAUUCUCAAGAUCCUGCAUACAACUUUGCAAUCUUUGUUUUUGAGCAAAUGUCUGAAAUUUGAAAAAUUAAAGCCAGGAAGGGGAUUUUUCUCCUGUA